UAUUAUGUACCUCGUUCGCGGCCGCAGCGCGGCGCGUCGGCAAGCAAGGGCGAUACACUAACUUCAGGGACAGUCACGAAAACAGCUUUUUCACGUUAAUCAUUCCAGAAUUCUGGUUCCAACAAGACAGCUGUUUAUGUUUUCCUCACAUUUUGCCUUUCUUAAAAUCAGUGUCCUUUCUGGCAAUGUGUUGAAUACAAAUUUUUAUUUCUAAUAGAAUUAUUAACGUAGUAUAAUUUUGUCUAUAUAAUUCUUGCUUUGUUACAAAUAAAGAUGACGUAUUUAAGUUCGUGGGAAGAAUUUGAAAAAGGUGCUGAGAGGUUAUAUCUUCAAGACCCAAUGAAGGCUCGGUAUACAAUGAAAUAUUGCCAUAAUAAAGGUGUUCUAUAUCUAAAACUUACAGAUAACAGAACGUGUCUACAAUAUAAAACAGAGAUAGCACAAGAUUUAAAGAAGAUGGAAAAAUUUAUAGGAAACCUAAUGAGGCACAUGGCAUCUAAAGAGAGCUAAAUAAGGACUAGAUGAGAUUAGGGACACUUUUUUAAUCAAGGAAUAAAAGUGCUGCGCAUUUAAUUCAUUGUUUACGUUGUUCCAUUUCAUAAGAUUCAGUGAUUGAUGGGAUUAUAGAUAUUUAAUUUGAAUGAGGUAUAAAACUUUCUUAAAUAUACAAUAUGUGCAUAAAUGUCUAUUUUGUAUUUAUUUAAAGCUUCAUGCUCAUUUCGGGCAGUUCCGUUGUCUCCUUGUUAAAGUUCUGAAACAGUAUAAAAUAAAAUGUAUCGUGGUAUAAAUUUAUGUAGAAAUAAAUUUAUUUAAAAAUAA